AUGGCCCUUCAACUUUCAUUGGUGUUUACCGCCUUUCUUAUUUUACUCUCUUUGUUUUGGCUAUUAAAGGUAUGCAGAAGACUUAAACCUCAGAACAAAGUUCAGGAGUUGCCACCAGGGCCAAGAAAGUUACCACUAAUAGGAAACUUGCACAACUUAAUUGGCUCACUACCACACCAUGCUCUGCAGCAACUAGCAGGGGAACAUGGACCCCUUAUGCACCUACAGCUGCGCGAAAUUUCUGCAAUUGUGGUAUCAUCACCUAGGUUGGCCAAAGAGGUCAUGCAGACACAUGAUCUUGCCUUUGCGCAGAGACCAGAAAUUCUUGCGCCUAAAAUUAUAAGCUACGGUGGCUCAGACAUUGCCUUUUCUCCAUAUGGUGAUUACUGGAGGCAAAUGCGAAAGGUUUGCAUGUUGGAACUCCUGAGUGCCAAGAGGGUCAAAUCCUUCUCUUCUCUUAGAGAAGAAGAAAUUAGUAAUCUCAUUGAGUCAAUCCACUCAUCUUCAGGAUCACCAAUCAAUUUUACUGAAAAAAAAAAUUGCUCUUUGACAAGUACCAUUGUAUGUAGAGCAGCAUUCGGUACCAAAUGCAAAGAUGAAGAUGAAUUUACAUUGCUGGCCAGGGAAUCUGCAGCCUUGGCUGGGGGUUUUGACAUAGCUGAUUUGUUCCCUUCGAAAAAGUUUCUUCAUGUGGUUAGUGGGUUGAAAUUUAAACUAGAGAAGAUUCAUGGGAAGGUUGACAAGAUCCUAGACAAUAUCAUCAAUGACCACAGGGAGAACCCAAUGAGUGCAGAGACUAGCAAGGGUGAACUUUGGAAGGAGGAACUUCACCUUCACAUGCAAGGUAGACGGUACAGCUCCCAUGCUGUGGAUCCAGGGCCGACCGAGGAUCGCAAUGUAUGGGGAGAAGGAAUUCAUCACAAUGAAGUUUACCAUUACCUCUUUUCCAUCAGUAUUAAUGGGCAAGGAGAUCUGUCCCUCAGGGAUCACCACUCUACCAUCAAAUCCUAUUAA